AUGGAGAUAGACACACAGGACCACCAGCCGUCUUCAGUUGACCUACAGGAGCAACUUCAUGCUCUGACAGGACAAAAUUCACAGCUACGUGACAAAAAUGAACAACUUUUUACCAAAGUGGGCUACCUGGAGAGUAGACUGGGUCAUCUGGCCAGCUCCAACACAGAUCUAUCCUGCAGGCUGGUCCAGAGUGAAGAGGAGAGAUUGAAGAUAUCCAAGGAGCUUGUGGAGGAGAAAAUUCAGACAAACAAGAUGAGAGAGCAGUUUGAAGAAGAGAUGUUUGAGCUAAAAAUCAGGAUCCUGAACCUAAACGGUGUGAUAACAGAGCUCGAGAUGCAACGAGACAAGUUACUUAGGGAACUCCAGUCAGCUGAGGCUCGGCUGAAAGUGGGAGAGAAGAGCGGCCAAGACCUGACAGAGGAGUACACCACACUCAAGAAGAACUACCUGGCUCUGGUUAAGGCCCAUGACAAAGAGUUGGCCCAAAGCGAGGAGCUGAGUGCUGAGUUACUGGCCUUGGCCCAGGCUCAGGACGCCCUCCGCAGACAGCUGGGGGAGCAGCAGCAGAGUGUUAAGGAUACUGCCCAGGGCCUUCACAGGGAACUGGACAGAGUGCAGGCCUUGAUCAGCCGUAUGUCACAUAACAGAGUCAAGCCUGAGGAUCUGGCAGCUUUGGACAAGGAGCAAAAAACUAUGGAAAAAACUCUACUUGGAAACCAAGAUGAGAUCAAAGACAUGCUGGAGAAAAUGAAGAACAGCUACAAGGAACAACAGAAGAAACUGGAAGAGAAAGUGGAGGCCAUGGGUAAAGAGCAUCAGGAGAACAAGAGAGCAAUCCAUGAUGGCCAGCAGAAACUAUCAGAGCAGAGUGCGGCCCUGAUGUGCUCUCAGAGCCAAGUGAAGGAGUUAGAAGGAGAGAACUCAAAGCUGCAGCUGCAAGUCAAAGAGCUUAAUGAGGAAUACCGCACAAGGCUUGUGUGUUAUUUACAGGACUUAGCUGAGUACAUCGAUGCAAUGGGAGAUACUAAAAGCCCUUCAGAGGGAAGUAAGAUGAAGGUGUUUGUGGACGAUAUGUUUCGAGAUGUUCGUUCAUCUUACAGGGUCAGGGAGGAACAGCUCGCCUCUGCUGCUCGCUCCUAUAAGAAGAGACUACAGACGAUCACCAAGGCCCAUCAUGCCCUACUUAUUGCAUACAGAGUUCAGAGGGAACAGAUUUUGGCCAAACCAGAGAGCGGUCUGGACUCUGGACCUCCAGAAGCCCACUUCAGCCUGAAUUCCAGUGAGCUGAAAGAUGAAACUGAGAAGGAGCUCCAGCACCUUCGGCAGGACAAGGCGAGACUGGAGGGUCAGCUGCAGGCAGCCUGGGAGCAGGUGGCUGUCUUCAAAAUGCCAGUUCAAACUCCAGUUCAUCAGGAGCCCGCAAAACUGGAGCAGAUAAGCGAGGAAUCCUGGCUGGACAUACAGAAACAGCUGAAGGAGAUCACAGACUCUACACUGGGGAGCUUUGAGAAGGAGCGUGCUCUCCUCAUCACCAGAGCGACAGUUGCAGAGGCACAGGUGUCGGAGUUGCAGGAGUAUAUUGACAACCACUUGAGCAGGUAUAAACAAGAGAUCACAAAUCUCCACAGACAGCAUGGGAUAGAGGAGGCUGAGCGCUCCCAGAGUGCUCAUCCAUCACUCUAA